AGUCGACUUACCGGCUCGAAAACUCUCAAAUGAGCUGAGCUUAUGGGCACACGUUUCAUUGUGUUCGGGUACGUUUAUAGAUACACACACGUGCACUCAUCGACAAUACAACGAGGCGGAAACUCAUACGCGAAUUCCAAUGUAUUCUGCUCAGAAAUCUGUGAACUAUCGAAUAGCGCGUGUACCCAAAAAACUCGUGUAUGCAUAAUAUCAUUAAUAAUAUUAGUAACUGAGAAUUCCAUCGGAUGGUUAAAACUACAAAAGUUUCGUACGAGUGUCAAUAAUGACAGCAGUCAUUUGAGAACGUAAAUCAUGUGGUUUUGUGCUGAAACGCCGAAAUUGGGCACCUUUUGACGAUUAACACGAUCACGAAAAGAUUAUAAAAGCUACGCGAUGGGAAAUUAUCGCAGUGUUGUUCCAAGCACCUACGCACGAAGAACGUUUCUGGAACAGAUAUUUUCGAUUCCCCUCGAAAUAGUAGGAAUUCAGUGUCAUGAUAUCGAGCAGCGAAGACUUUUGUGAACACGUUGCAUCACGGAUCGAUGACUUGUACGAGAGCUACGAUGAUGUUAUUCAACAGAACCCUCGAGUUGAACUGUACGGCAAGACUUAUUCGUUCCGCGACGUUCAAAAGGCCAUGACGAAACAAAUGUUCAUAUCAGUUGGAGAAAUAUCACCCGGAGUCAAUGCGGACUGCAUCAAUGGCGCUAACGCGAUGGCCAUCAAGCGCGGAUUCGAGAAUAUUCCACGCGCAUCUGAAACGUGUGUGGUUCAAUGGACGCGUGUGGAGCACGCAACCAAUGUGAUUUUCAGCGAUGCAGAAAUGAAAGAUGGUAAGUUCUUCCCACCGCGGUUUUUCAUAAAUGUGGGUGAUGUAGCGCCCAAUUCAAGCGUGCGCAUCAACACCGGCUUCGUUCUAAAGAUCCCGAGAUUUGCCGAGACGCGGCAGUUCAAAGAUGGGCAAAUUGUGCGAGGUCCCCUGAGCCAGCAGCCGCCAUUUGUAAUUGUGCCGCAUAUCACGUGCCCAGCUAAUGAUUUCGUGCCGUGUCUGUUUGCACGUGAUUCCGAGGACACAGGUCUCUUCACGGUUCAUUUCACCACGGUAUCAGGCCGCGUUGGUACGAUUCUAGUCGUACUAAAAGCCUACCGUGUAAAAAUGCCAGUGAACAACGUUUGCGGCGUUGGUUCUAAACAAUCGUGCAAGAUUUUCAAACCAAAAGACACAGAGCUAAGUCGUUACGUUCAAAAUCUUGGAGUCAAGAUCAACUUCGAUUCGAUGUCGUUCUUAGCUGGCAACGCUCGCUGCAAGACUUCCCAAUCCAGUGCAGUGCCUGAGGCUUCAUUCGAAUAUCAACAGCCGUGCUCGUCCAAGCUCACCACUCGAGUUACUAGUCGAAAACGCGAGUGGAACGAUUCAAAUUUGUUAACACUUAGUGGGCUGUAUUCCACGCAGAAUUCGAUACCGCCAAAAAUCGUAUGCGCUCCUGAAGUCAUCGGAAACACACGUCGCCCAACAUUCGUCGAUGCACGACUCAACCUAUUCAGCGAGAUUGGACAAUUCACUGCCGACAUGAAGAUCAUCGAUGGAGCGUUCAGUGACCAGCAAGAUUAUGCACAAAUAUGUAAAAAAAUGCAUCAGAGUAUCGUCAGCAUACAGAGUUUGAGCGCGGGCGCUAAAGCCUGCAAGGCGACGGUCAAAAAGAAUCGCAGCAUGUCGAGUUUGAAAAAUUCACUUCGUUUGUUCGACUAUCAUCGUGGCUGCGUACGUGAGGACGGCGAGAGGCUUGCCCACAGCACGGAGAAGAGCGAUUGCGCCAUGUUCAAGUGUCAGCCGGCCCGUGCGAACGCUUACAGCGUCAUUCUCUAUUCAGCCAUGAAAUACUUGAUCAGCAUCUACUUUCGGACUGACUUUACUCCCCGUCAGCUCGAGGAAUUGAGAAUUAGCAUUACGCCAAGUGAGAAUGCCGACUUGACCACAACAUCCGACUCAACUGCUCGAACUAGCACGGAAUCGAUGACUCAACCGAUGGAUGAAACACUCGUAUCGUCAACGAUAUGACUGCCGAUGGAACCGAAAAUAAAAAUAAUAUCCAAACUACCCAAAGCACCCAAAGGCAAGGAAAAUGCAGUGAACAAGAGUCCCGUGAAUAAUGACGUUGAGACGGACGAUGAUGAAUGUGUUACAACGUCCGAUCGUAUGGCUCAACAGUCCUAUUCAGAUCAAACGUCAAUAAACUAGUAAUGGGGCAGUUCGAUGCAAAAUACGACAGUUGCAGUGACCGGCGGCAAACAAACUUUAGCAGACGCAAACCUGCACUACUUCACAAUUUGGUAUGAAUCCAAUCGGUAAACUAAAGCCUCUGAGAUGCGGAACUGGAAAGGGGUACUGCAAUGAGAAAUGUUGACCUCGAAGAACUUAUUAAAAAAAAAAAAAAUUAAACAAAUACUUCUGUACUUGUUUUCCAAAUAAAUAAUCCACAUUCUUCCGAAUUGUUAUCAUGACUUUUU